UCUUUCAGCCCCAACCUUUCCUGUUCUCUGUGUUUUACUGUUUUUUGUUGGCUACUGUUAGCUCAAUUUACGGUUUGAAAUUCUUUCUUUUGAGUUCCUUCACUUGGGUUGUCAGAUCUCUGUACCAAAAAGUCUUUGUAAGUUUGUAUUUUCUGUGCCCACAAUGUGUUCGAUCAAAUGCCUCUGAGAACAAAGGUUUGCUUGGUCUGUGAAAGUAUCAUGCUUGCUUCUAAAUCUUUGCAACUUGGAGCUCAGGCUAUCAAAGGGCUAUCCAGAGUUUCGCACUUUUCAAAGUUCGUAGCCCCUGCAACGAUUACACCAAGGAAACCGUGUGUUCAGGAUGGUGAGUUAUACUCUACGACAGCUACUAGCAGUGCAGAUGGCGGGAAUGAAGAAAAGGAAAAGAUCUCUGUGACAUUUGUGGACAAAGAUGGAGAGGAGACCCAGAUCAAGGUCCCUAUUGGAAUGUCAAUGUUAGAAGCAGCCCAUCAAAACGACAUAGAGCUUGAGGGAGCAUGUGAAGGAUCACUUGCGUGUUCCACGUGUCAUGUGAUCGUGAUGGAUGUGGAGCACUACAAUAAACUUGAGGAACCAACAGAUGAGGAAAAUGACAUGCUUGAUCUUGCUUUUGGGCUAACAGAAACGUCACGUUUGGGCUGUCAAGUAAUUGCAAAACCUGAACUUGAUGGACUGCGGUUAGCCCUCCCUGCCGCCACUAGAAACUUUGCUGUUGAUGGUUUCAAACCAAAACCACACUAGAAAUACUCAUUUAUAAAAAGACUGAAAUGUUAUGAGUACAAUAAGCAUGAAAUUUUGGUUUAUACAAGAUGUUUGCAUAAUUGUGGUUUUACUAAAUAGACAAACACGCCUCUGCGUGUUGUAAAACUCUAAAAUAUUUAUUUAUAUAUUUUUGUUUUU